GUUUGAUGAAACGCGACACGUCUAUUAUAAUUUAUUGCACCAGCUCUGUUUCUCGUGGUUUUUUCUUAUCUUUUACAUUCUCUCGUUUCCUCAAAACGUUCUGCUUAUCGAAUUAAUGUGGUUUUUUUUUCGCUGGUAAAAUUCGACUUUCUGUGUGCUUUCAUAGCCUUGGAUAAUUUCGUUCGUCAACGAAGCUACUUGCUGUUUUAUUUUUGCAUGUGGUCUUCUAUCUCAGCCUUCUCCGUUCGUUAUUACUAAUUUUCUCGUCUCUGUCCCUCGUUUAACGGGGUUUAAUCAAGAGCUUGCUUCUGGUACUGUAUUCCACUAUUAUUCAUUCACUACUUAUAUAAUGUUCCUUGCUCGGGCCUUUGGGUGUCUUCUGGGCCUGGCAGGCUUGAUCUGCUUCAUUGGAAGCUUUUUUCCCUUCCGAGUUGCGUCAACUGGGUUUGCUGAACGCGAUGCUAAUAUGCCUACUGCUGCUGUUCAACGGUUAGUGUUUAUAAUGAUUGAUUCCAUGCGUUCAGAUUUCAUGUUUGCGGAAGACUCGCCCAUGUCGUUUAUGAAACAACUUAUACAGAACUCGAGCCAUGCUCUAGCGUUUUCAUCUUAUGCACGGGUUCCUACUGUCACAAUGCCCCGCCUGAAAGCGUUAACAACGGGCUCCAUACCCAACUUUCUAGAUACCUUGUUGAAUAUUGCAGAAUCCGACGCAAGCAGUUUGAGUGCCCAAGACCAUUGGAUCCGCCAGCUUGUCUCGUACAAUAAGAGCAUCGAGUUCUACGGGGACAACACAUGGCUGAAACUAUUUCCAAACAUGUUCACUGCUUAUGACGGCACAUCAAGCUUUUUUGUGUCGGAUUAUGAAACCGUGGACACAAAUGUAACAAGACACCUGGGUCAUAUCCUUGCAACUGAUAAGGAAGGAAAGCUUCCAUGGGACGCGGUGAUCAUGCACUACCUUGGAGUCGAUCAUAUUGGCCAUCUCCAUGGACCCAAGAGUCCAUUGAUGCCAGACAAGCUUCGCGAAAUGGAUCGUGUCAUCGAAGAAGUCUACCUAUCGCUGCAGGAACUCGACCACUCAACGAAUACGCACUCAAUGAUGGUUGUGUGUGGUGACCAUGGUAUGAACGAGCUUGGCAAUCAUGGGGGUUCUUCUGCCGGUGAAACAUCUGCAGCAAUGACUUUACUUUUCCCUUCCUAUGAUUUGGAACACACCAACAUUAUGAUUCCGAUAGAGCAACGUGCGAAUCCCUAUUCUAUCUAUCGAACAAUCGAGCAGAGCGAUUUAGUCCCUACGCUGUCAUUGCUCUUAGGGAUCCCCAUUGCUAAAAACAGCAUUGGUGUGAUUGUGCCUGAGGUGUUAAAGUUGUGGGAUGAACAGGAACAAGAAAAAGUGUUAUACCACAAUCUGAAGCAGUUAAAGGCACUCACUUCGACGGCUAAUGAUCUCUGGCCUCCUCUUCAUUCUGCAAACCAGGUUCUUUUAGAGCAAUUAUACAACUUGCAGGAACAGUUGUCGUCAAGUGCUUCUUCAUACAAACUGAAGACUAUGAUUCUUGGCCUUGUUUUACUUUUUCUGUCAACCGUUACCUGGGCUGGUUUUGCCUUAUAUCACGAUUACUCGUCACUUCUUUCGGUUCUCCCGAUUGUCGCUGGAAGCGCCAUAUGCAUGUUUUCGAGCAGCUUUGUUGAGGAAGAACAAGUAUUCUGGUACUUUUGUGCGGGGACUCUAGCAACAUUGCAAUUCCUUUCUCUUAAUUCUGUGCCGCGCAACAUCGUCCAUCUGGUCGCUCUUUCUAUACUCAUUCGUUGGAACCAAACUGGUCAAAAGCAUGCGGAUCUUCCUGGUUUAGUGGAUGACAUAUUGGUAGGUCGUCCUUAUCUUGCAUUACUACUAUGUUUCCUUCCCAUUUACAUUGUCUGCAAGCGCUCAUAUUCAUUUCUUGUUGCUGCGGCGGGCGUUUGCGUUUAUGUCUUAAAAUCAUUGCAGCUGUACCCAGCGUUUUCCAUUGGCCUGAUUGCGAAUACAACGUUGCAGGUGAAUGUCGCCAGACUGUGUUUCACUUUGUUGAUCGCAGCAAUACUUCUCUCUCGUCGUCGUCGUGUUUUCCUGCAAUCCUUACGAGUGUUCUUAUUACUGCAAACCCCAGCUAACAACUUUAUUCUUUACGUUUUAUAUGACAUUCUUCACAGUACGAUUCCGCAAACCUCAAGCACUUACUCCUUCCUUUUGCGAUUCGUGUACGAGCAAAUGUCAUUUUUCACUAGUGGAAACUCAAAUUCUCUCUCGUCUAUCGACCUAAUGAAUGCCUACAAUGGAUUAAGCUCCUAUCGAGUUUUUCCUGUCGGCAUGUUGCUCUUUUAUUCUGUGUUUUCGAGUCCUCUCUGGUGGACUCUGUAUGAGAUUCAAGCAAAACAGACAAAACCCAUGUUGUUUGCAUUGUUUAGCACGGCAUGCUUGUUCUUUUUAUGUACUUCGUGCACGAUAUUACGAAACCACUUGUUCAUAUGGAGCGUUUUUUGUCCCAAACUAAUUUACCAGGUCAUUUGGUCGACAUUAUAUCUACUUAACCGUACCAUCCUCACGGUCACCUUGUAAAAAGAAUGAAUUGAUAUUCGGUUCUUGGAAAGCUUGUACCCAUCCAACUCUCCAUCUUAAUCUCAAAAACAUAUGAGCGUUUUACCUACAGUUUAUCUCUCCCUACAACCUCCUGGCAUUGACUCCGUACAGGUGUCUAAACUUUCAAUUUCAAACCCAUCUUAUUAUUUACAACUGGUGGUGACCUCUCUGCUGAAGAGUAGCAAAGCAACACACAACUCAGGCCACAGAAUUCACGAAAGAGCCGUCGUUCAUUAACGUUUCCUCCU